GCAGAUCUUUAGUUGGUACAGGACAGUCGCUUCUUAUUAACCUUUGUCAAAAAAAAAAGCUUCUUAUUAACCGGUCUUUACUCCCUCUUUCCGGCUGUUGAUGUCUGAAUCCAGUCACAACUCUAAACAUGAACUGUAAAACCCUAAAUAUAUUUCAAAACCCCAAUUUCAAACAAUUACACAAACCUCUUUUUUGCAAACAAUCAUUUCACCUUAAAACAAGUGUCCCAGUUAUUAGUCUAAGAAAUAAAGUAGUUACAGCUUGCAUAAGUCCAGGCCAAGAAAUAUUAGUCAGUCAAGGUUUUGAAGUUUUGAGUAAAAAUGAUGUGAAUUUGGAUUCAAUUUCGCUGGUCAAUGAAGAAAAACAAGAACCCACAAGAAUUAAUCAAGCAGAGACACAAGGGUUUGGUGAAAAUGAGAGCAUUUGGAAACAAAUGGUGGAAAUUGUCAAGUUUUCUGGGCCUGCAACUGGGCUCUGGUUGUGUGGGCCGUUGAUGAGUUUGAUUGAUACCGUUGUCAUUGGUCAGUCCAGUUCUGUCGAGCUUGCUGCUUUAGGUCCUGGGACUGUACUUUGUGAUUAUAUGAGUUACUUGUUCAUGUUUCUUUCGGUGGCUACUUCCAAUUUUGUUGCCACGGCUCUUGCUAAAAAGGAAAAAGAUGAAGUGCGGCAUCAGAUAUCUAUCUUGCUUUUUCUUGGGUUGGCUUGUGGUGUAUUUAUGUUUUUCUUCACAAGAAUCUUGGGAGAAAGGGCAUUAACUGCUUUCACUGGUGCAAAAAAUGUGGAUAUCAUAUCUGCAGCAAACACAUAUGUUCAGAUUCGAGGUUUAGCUUGGCCAGCUGUGCUCAUUGGAUGUGUUGCUCAGAGUGCAAGUCUUGGCAUGAAAGAUUCUUGGGGACCUUUAAAGGCUUUGUCAGUUGCCAGUGCUGUAAAUGGGAUUGGUGAUGUGGUCCUAUGUACAUUUCUAGGCUAUGGCAUCGCAGGAGCAGCAUGGGCAACAUUGGCAUCACAAGUUAUUGCAGCUUUUAUGAUGGUUGAUGCACUUAACAAGAAGGGAUAUAAUGGUUAUCUUCUCUCCAUUCCAUCAUUCAAUGAUUUGAAACAUAUAUACAGCAUCGCUGCGCCGGUAUUUGUCACAAUGAUAUCAAAGGUGACAUUUUACUCGAUUCUGGCGUAUUCUGCUACUUCUCUGGGUAUACAAACAAUUGCUGCACAUCAGGUCAUGAUCCAAAUAUUCUGCAUGUGUGCAGUAUGGGCAGAACCUCUAUCUCAAACUGCUCAAUCAUUCAUGCCUGAGCUGAUAUAUGGAGCUAACCGGAAUUUGUCAAGGGCACGCAUGCUGUUGAAGUCUCUUUUUAUUAUUGGAGCACUAAGUGGAACAAUAUUAGGAUCUGUAGGAACAUCUGUUCCCUUGUUGUUUCCUAAAGCAUUUUCGCCUGAUGCUGAAGUGAUAAUGGAGAUGCAUAAAGUGCUUAUUCCAUUCUUUAUUGCACUGUGUGUCACUCCUUGUACUUCUAGCCUUGAAGGGACACUAUUGGCUGGGCGAGAUGUGAACUAUAUUAGUUUGUCAAUGGGUGUGAUCCUUGUAGUUGCUACCAUCCUUUUAAUGGUCUUAAGUGGUAGAGGAACUGGUUUGUCAGGUUGCUGGUGGGCACUAGCAGCAUUUCAAUGGUGCCGAUUUAGUAGUGCACUAAAACGCCUCACCUCACCCAGCGGAAUACUUUACGCAGACGAUUUGAUGCCUCGUGAAUCACUUAAGCAUGAAAUUGCGCAGUGUUAGAUCUAAAUUCCAGUAUCCUUGAUCGGCUCAUUGUGACUGAAGCAUUGAAGUAUAGUGUUAUACUUUUGCCUUGAACCUAUUACAGAUUGUAUAAGGUUCACCACUCUGCAUCAUGUAGCUUCAGCAAAGCUUAUGUAGUUAUGGAUACAGUUGUAAAAAAAAAAUUGCUCUGAAAUAUAUAUAUUUCUGUGUUUUGGCAUUGCUAUAAA